GGGCAUUGAGCAUUAGAUAUACGUUAGAGCUAAUUUUUUAUUAUCAUAUACUCUAAAUAUAAAACAUUUGUAAACAAAGAACACUGUUCAUAAUGAACAGUGAUUUUUACUUUUCCUCACGUUGUGACGCGUGUAAUUGGAGGUGCUAUCUGUUUCUAUUCUUCCUUUCAAUUUCAAUAAUCUACUCUCUCACUCUUAUUUCUUCCUCAAUCUUCUUCAAUCUCAUUUCUACCUCGGAUGAUGCCAAAUGAUUCAGCCAAGUUGAUCUAUUGUUGUUCUAAAUCCAGAAUAUCAUCUCAUCUUCUGUUCCAAAUUCAUCAAUCGCAUUUCUACCUCGGAUGGUGCCAAAUGAUUCAGCCUAGUUGGACUCUAGAUCUAUUGUUGAUCCUAAAUCAGGAAUAUCAUCACAUCUCUUGUUCCAAAUUCAUCAUCUGUUCCAGGUCUUGCUAAUAGUUCAUCUUCAUCUACUCCUCCCUUAACCACCAUUGGUAAGUUGAGAAGCUUAACAAAUUUGCAAUUUUCGUGUUAAUUUUGUUUAAUUGGGAAUUUCACUAAUCAUAUGUUUUGAUGAAGAUUUAGGCACCCGGUUGAAGAUGUGAACUAACGUUCCUUUUUUUUUUUUUUUUGAAAUUAUAACAGUCUUUUUAAUCAAUUUUUUUUUAUUUGCUUUUAUCUGGGUUUCUGAUUUAGGUUUCUGAUUUUGUUUUGAGGUUUCGAAAGGUUGUUGAUAAUCAACCGCAAGAAUCAAGCUGAUUUAUCAACCGAAAGAAUCAAGCAGAUUUUCGUCACCUUAUGUUCGUGUCUUCUUUAGCGAUGAACAAAUUAGGGUUUCGUAAGUUUUUCUGGGUUUUGGUUUUUAAUGAUGUCAAUUGAAAUUAGGGUUUUGUAAUUUUUUCUGACAAGGCUGAAAUUGGAAGUGCUUCACAAGAAUUUUAGUUUUAUUGUAAGGUACAUGCUACAUGGUGAGUUUAAUGGGAUGUUAGAUGCUCAAUGUUGUGUAAUUCUGCAAUACAAUUAUUAUCAUGAAUAGUAUCUUCUAGAUGAAAAUACCCAGUUUUCGUAGAAGAAUCUUUGCAAUUGGUUGCUCAAUUGUUUAAAAACGUUUCUGAUUAUUUUUCUAAAUAAUCUAAAUCCAUGCUAAUCGCUGAUAUUCUGCAUCAAACUAAACCAUUGAAAUCAGUGUUUUUGUUUUAUUUUUGAGCGAAAAUUUAGGGUAUAAAAAUGUUUUAUAUUUAGAGGAUUUAUUUUCGUUUGCUUGGAUUGUCGUUUGGUUUCUUUGAUGAAAAGUCAUGUAUUUAUGUAUUUCGCUUCAUAGUUGCUUUUUUGUUUCAAUAUUGUUUGCCUUUGAUCUUGUAUCUACCAAUGGUUUGAUGAAAUGACAGGAUGAAUCAUGGUGGUGAGGAUCAUGUUAGUUUACAGCCUGUACUUCGAUCUUUAUUCAAUUUGUUGCUCCAUCAUCUAUACUUUGAUCUUCAUUAUCUCUCUUCCUUAUUUUUUUUGCUUUUUUUGUUCUCCAGUUGCAUUUUAGGAAAUUGGUUUGCCAUUGUAGAUGCUUUAGUAGGUGGUUAGUUUUCCAUUAUCUCUCCUCCUUGGUACUUUUUAAAGCUCAUGUUUGAAUGUUCUUUGACUAGAAAAUUUUGUUUUGGUUACUAAAGAAGACAUGAUGAAGGAGGCUCAAACUUCCACCGCAAAAAUAUAUACUUCCGCGCUUAUUAUAAAACAAGGUCAUCCAUUCAUGGAAUUUUGAAAAACCUUUUGGCAUUUGAUUUAAUUUCAUCUCAACUUCAGAUAGUGUUUAAUAAUGUGCAAUGUUAUUUUGAUUCUUAUUUAAGUGAUCUUCUGUAAUAUUCCCAUGAUAGAAGCUGACAUUUAAGUUUUUAGUUUGCCUUUUCUCAAAAAUAGAAUAUGAUGGUAGAGUCGCUUGUAAUAUAAUUUCCCACACUAAGAUCACUAAUAAUCUAUUGACUAUAAUUCAUGAUGGACUCUUUGAUUUUGAUUCCUCUUAAUUCUAAUUCCAAUAAUUGGGUAUUUCGGGUAUUUCUUUUCUUUAAUUUUUUUUAAAAUUCUUUAAUUUCCGUUUUGAUUUCUUCAAUUUUUAUGAUUAUAAAGAUACUUCUUUGUUUUAGUUUUCGUUUUCAUUUCUUUGGUUUUUGUGUUGAUGUUUGUUAGUGAUUUGGUUUAGUGAUUUAGCUUUCUUUAAUUUUUUUUUCAAUUUCUUUAAUAGUUUAAUUUGAUUUCUUCAAUUUGGUAUGCUUAUAAAGAUACUUCUAUGUAUUUUGUAGGAUUUAGUUUUUUUGAGAAUUGGGUUUGCUGGACCAAUCUGUCAUUUCUCUUCAAUAUCAACAUUGAUGGCCUUGAAGAAAGUAUUUGAGAAAACUGACCAUGAUGUAAAUAUAGACGAUUUAAUGGCUUCAAGUCUACAUGCUGAGGAAUUGCCCAGCCAAUUGGACAUAUUGCAAGCAAAAAUUGCAGACGCAGAAAACAGUCGGAGCGAUUGGAAAGCCGAGGGAAAUGGGUUUCUCCUGAUUGACUCUGAAUUCAAUGUGAAAGGAAGGUGGGAAAAGCCCGGACAUAGUCCAUCCUUUGGCUACAAUUUCUGGUAUCAACCACGGCAUAAGACAAUGAUAAGCUCAUCAUGGGGAGCUCCCUUAGCUUUCUCCAAAGGCUUCCACCCGCAGCAUGGGUCAGAGGGUCUAUAGGGAAGACAUCUAUUUGUAUACAGCUGGCUUGAGGGAGAAUUGAAACAGAAAUUGGACCUCGGAAACACUACACUUAUACCAUUGGAGGUAAGUCGACAUAAAAAUCUAUUCUUGAAUCUCUUGAUGGAUUGAUGGGUCGAAUGCUUCUUUUUACCUUAAUAAUAUCGGUUAAAGCCUUACAGGUCUUGUAUCGAGUUAAGAUAUUUGUUAUUCUUUUUACCUUAAUAAUAUUGAUUUUUCAUAGAAUUUUCUGCAAUCUUCUGAGAAUAUAGUUGGAAUUUCUUUUAUUAUUGCAAACUUGAGAUGAUGUUGAAUCAUUGACUGUGACCUGUGAUUUCAUCAUUCUCUUUCAUUGUUUAAAUUUGAAUUCUAAUUAGAGAAAUUUUUUAGUUACUUUCAUAAAUUGGAGUAUGUCUUUUAAUAGCAACUUCUAAACUAAAUGAUUGUGCAUAUGCUUACUUAAAGGAAAUCUAAUUUUGUAGAACCGUCUAGGUCACCUCAGGAGAAAAGUGUGCUCUUUGUUCUACAAUGAAUUGAAUGUUGUAGGAUGUUUGCAUUUGGUUGUAUUGGGUUGAUUUUCCGCUUUUGAUGUUUGAUAUGGUGCAAGGGAUUUCAGUGUUCAUUGUUGUUUCCAUGUUUGCAAAUUAAUAUGCAUGAUUUAGAUGUUUUGUAAUGUUAAUAAUUUGGCAUUGGUAUAUUGUUGGGAGCGAAUCUGGAUCAUAUGAUCCACGAGGUAAGGUUCCUUCAGCUUUUGGAUUUUAUGUCAUUUCGGCACCAAUUUUGAAACCUUGUGGUCAUUUACCGCUUUCUCUUGUAAUUCUAAAAUUUUAGAUUUAAUUAAUUGUUAUAUGUGUUUUUGUACUUGUGCCCGAAACCCCACGUCAUUUUUCUAUUUAUAUUGGUUUGAUGCAAGUUUUAUAAACGAUUAGGCUUCGGUACUACGCAUCGACCUAUUUAUUAGUGUAGAAGGAUGAUUGGUGGUGUGAGCAACUCUAAUUGAUAUUGUUUAAGGUUUUUAGUUUGUAAAAAAUUUGAAAACAAUCAAAAUAUCCAUGCUGGAACGACAUGUUGAUCUUGAGCAAAAAAAUACGCAAAUGCUUGCAAGACAUAGACAAAUGCAAGAUGGAAUCGAGGAUGUUAAGAAUGCUGCUGCUAGAGCAGGGGUUAGAGGAGUCGAAUCAAAGUUUAUCAAUGUUCUUGCAGAACAGAUCUCAGCACUGAAAGUGGAAAGAGAGAAGGGAAGUUGUUACAGCGAUGAAAAAAUGCUUCGUUCUCUCUCAGCUAAGAGACACCGCAGAAUCUGUGCAGGCUGCGAGAGAAUUACUUGUACGUCUGAAAGAAGCAGAAGAAACAGUAGCUUUUGCCUCGACAAGUUAAAAUGUUCUUGAUGGUUUCGUCAUCCUUAGUUGUUUUUAAUGGUGCCAAUGUGUCAUAUAGUUCAAGUGCAAGUAAAAUUUGCAUUUGUCUACUGGAUUUUCCAGGUUGCUCUUAUCAACUUUUGCAAUUCCUGCUCAUUUAGCUCCUUUAAAUCUUGUUAGAAUGAUUUGUAUACUUUAUGUACCAUAUUGAUAUUGAUAUUGAUAUUGAUAUUACUCGAUCAAUAGUUAUUUUAUUUCAUAAA